AAAAAAAAUAUAUGUAUAAAUAUAUAAAAUAAUUUUCUUUGUUUUUAUGAGUUUCUAAAACAGUGACGUUCAUUUCAGUGAAUAAGUGAAUUGUUUUAAGUUAUUUUAUUGAAAAUUUAAUUAAAAAUAAAGGACAGAAAAGAAAUUUAAUAGGUGGUACGAUAAAUGUCGGGAAUGGAAGUAGCGGCAAUAAUAAAUAAUUCAAAUUGUGCAUUAUGCACACUUGGCCCACCACCGGAUAUGAUACUUCGUCUACCACCACCGCCCAUUCCCAGUUUUUUGCAACAGGGUUCUGAAUUCUUCACCGAUUCGGAAACUGUCAUUUUUCGUUCUCAUCACAAUGACAGUCCUUGUAAACAUUUUUGCAAUUGGCGCUCCGAGGGUGUUCAAUAUAUCGAAAUUCCACAACAAGGAACUGUUUUUGACGAUACUUGGCUCCUUGUUCUUAUAUCCUCUUGUGUUGGGGUCAUUUGUAUUGGAAUAAUACUGGCAACAUUACUUCUAAAAUGCAAAUUUAAUGCUACUGGUAAAAGUGGGGUAAUAUCGGUACCAACUGCAACCUCUGGAAUGCAAACGAAAGCAGGAAGACUUCAGAAUGAAGCUGUUUUGUAUCCAUGCACCACGGAGACAAUGCAGGACAGUCGUGUUAUGUGGGCGACAUUAACUCCACGCGGUACAACGCGACACUUUUUAGAAGAGCACACCUAUGAAACAAUUGGAAAUGGCUCAUCGUUUUACAAUAAUAAACGCAUCAAUGAGACAAACACCAAUGGAGCUUACUAUAAUAAACGUUCAUUUUCAACACUUCCCCCUGAACAUACAUAUGUUGAACCGCCAGUAGCAUCGCCGUCGCAAAAUCGACCAAAGGACGAUAAAGCAUUUGACAAUACUGCUUUUGUUGAUUAUGAGGAACCUUUAUCUGUUAAAAAUGAAUAUUAUCAAUUGGACGAUGUUUUGGAACCAAAUGAUGCUGAAUUGUAUCCAAUGCAAAGAGGCACACUUCGUCCACGCGUCAGUUCUCCAACAAGAAUUGAACAUCCAAACCUACCACCUUUAAAUCUUCAACCACAUAAAUAUGGUACACGAAAAAAUUCUGGUAAUCAACAUUCGUUAGAUACAUUAUCAAGAAACGGUACACCAUCAAAUUAUGUACCAACAAUUUAAAUUCAAAAAUUAAUCGCAUUGAAAAUAUUAUUUUCUUUUAUUCCAGAAAAUACUUUUUUUUCUAAUUUAAAUAAAUUCUAUUAUUUCGUUUUGAAAAGGAAAAUAAUUUUUCGAUUUUUUUGGUAAAUAAAGAGUGAACGAGAAAAAUUUAUCUUACACAAAGA